CACAGUAUCAGUGAAAUUUACUGGGGCAGUAAAAGAAUUUUCUCACUAUAAAUCUUGGCAAUUCAUCCCUGGAUGAUCAAGGACACGGCUUUUCUUUAAGCUCUGCCGGCAAGUUCAGAUCUCCUGUGAUUUCCGUGAAUCAUAAUCAGAGGUUCCAAGUUGCUUUUUUACUUUUUUCAGUCUGUGCAGGAAGUCUGAGCUAAAAUAGGUGGAGAGAUGGGAUUAUAAUUGCCAUGGUGAGUCUGAGUUCCUGCUGCCUGCUUUGGGUGUGGAGAGAUUUUGUUGGUGUUGGUGCGGCUGUACCUGGCCUGGGAAGGAGAAUCCUGUCUUCGAAGCGUGUUGCCAGGAGUGCUGAUGUGCCAGAGCCGCGGCCAUGCUGCAGCAGAUCCUGGCAGACAUGUACAUCGAUCCUGAGCUGCUGGCAGAGCUCAGCGAGGAGCAGAAACAGAUCCUCUUCCUCAAGAUGAGGCAGGAGCAGGUCAGACGGUGGAAGGAGAGAGAAGCUGCCACAGACAAGAACUCAGCGAAGAGAGUGACCCAGCGGAAAGCGCUCGGGAAGUCGGUGAAGUGGAAGCUCGGCACGGACAGCGAAGUCUGGGUCUGGGUCAUGGGCGAGCACACGUCGGAUAAGCCUUAUGAUGUGAUCUGCGAGGAAAUCCAGGCACGGAGGGCUCAACAGGAAGCGGGGGAAGCCAGGGGAAGUCAAACAUUCCUAGAACCGGCUGUACCAUGCUCCCUGCGUUCUCAGCCAGGAGCCCUGGGUGGGGCAGAUGCCAAAAGGAAGUUGGAAAAAAACGGAGAGAGGGAGAAGGAAGAUGUGAUAACAGCUGAUAAAGAGGAGAGAAGCUGGGAUCAUGCUCAGGCUGCUCCCAGUAAAGGCAGAGACGUGCAUCAGAUGUUGGCAGAUUCCAAGGCUCAGACGAGGAAGUACGACGUUCAGCAGGCGAAGGAUCUAGCAAGGAGGAGGCCAGGAGGGAUGAGAGCAUCUGCAGAGAGGGAGCUGCAAACUAACAACGACCGGAAGGAGGCCCAGGAGUCAGGGCAGAAAUCAGACAAGGACGAUCCCGAGUGGCAGGAAUCCUUGAGGAAAUCCAAAGCCGCUGAUGAGAGGAGACGCUCCAUUGCAAAGCAGGCCAGGGACGACUACAACAGGCUGUCGCUGCAAGGGAUCCGCAAAGGGAAGGUAGCCGAAGUUUCCAAGAAUUUUGGGAGCAAGGAGCGCAGCUUGCCCCCCCGUCCUUCCCUUCCACCCAAGCCUAAAACCCUAAACUCUGGGGUAGCCAAUGGGAGGCCCAACAGGAAUCUGGGCGUGCAGAGGACCCUCUCCACUUCCACCCAGGAGAGCAUCAUCAGGUGGUUUAAAGAAGAGCAGAUUCCUCUUCGGGCGGGUUAUGAGAAAUCCACGGACAGGAUAGCACCCUGGUUCCAUGGUAUCGUAACCCUGAGGCAAGCAGAGGAGCUCCUGAGCAAAUCGGUGCCCGGGAGCUUUCUGGUCCGGGUCAGUGAGAAGAUCAAAGGCUACGCACUCUGCCAUCUGUCCCCGGAGGGCUGUAAGCACUUUCUAAUAGAUGCCUCCAGCAACUCCUACAGCUUCCUGGGAGUGGACCAGCUGCAGCAUUCGACACUGGCCGACCUUGUCAACUACCACAAGGAGGAGCCCAUCACUUCUUUGGGGAAGGAGCUGCUGCUUUACCCAUGUGGCCAACAGGGACCGGAACCUGACUACCUUGAUCUCUUUGAGUGAAAGCCUCCGUUCCCACCUUGUGACACACACCCGUGCCUUCCCCUGAAUGAACAGAUGAACGGUUGUCCGAGAGACAGACCCCCUAACGCCCAGCCAGCACCGAUCAAGUGAAAUCCUCCGCACAAGUGUCCGGAUUUGAAAACGUUUAGCAGCAAAGCAGUGAAAAGGCGAUUACUACAGGGUGCUGCUCUCUGUUAG